UAACAACUUUCAAUGCAUCGUUGUUUUUCUCUCUCCUCCAAACCCUCCUCCCACCCAAACCCAGCACAUCAUACAAACUUUUGAAUCAACCAAUUUCUCAACGACACAAAAUUCUUGCACUAAAGCAUUGCAAUGCAAUUACAUAUCUAAACAAACUCCAAAAAAAUAAUUAAUUAAACUCAAACUUCUAACGUAUAAAGAUUCAACCCUUGUUUGCAUGAAUUGCUUAAUUUCUUCUCUCUCACGUAACGUUCAUAACAUAAUUAUUAUCAUAUAGUUCUUCCCCAACGUGACGUUAUAUACACAUUAACAAAUUUUUCAUCAUUGUUCUGACUCUCUCCCUAUUCAAUAUUGUAACAUUACAAAAAAAAUAAAUAUAUUGUAACAUCACAACCCAAAUUUUGAGCUUCUAAGAUCCCGUGGAACUUCCAACCUUCGUGGGAUUUUAGAAAACGUUGAAUAAUUUGUGAAGUUUUUAUUUGUAUAUACAAAUUUAUUUGGAAUUAGCAACAAGUUUUUUUUUUUUUUUGACAAUUUGGAAGGAAUUUCAAAGUUCAAUGAGAUAUGAACAGAGAAUUAAACGGUGAAUUUCGAAGCAUUAUUAAUGGAAUUGUCAAGAACCGGUUGUGCCGUUGUUUAUGCCAUCCUUCUUUGUGCUUUGGCUCAAGGGGGCUCAGAAGGGAAGGAAGAUGAUGGGGAUUUCUCAUCUUUCCUUCAUAUUCAUGGAAAACAGGCAGAAAAUGUGUGGAAACAUUGCAGGAAAGAAUUGAUAGAGAGGGACAAUGAUGAUAAAGAUUCUAACUUGCAUCCACUUGAAGGAACCAACAUUCACAAAACAACCAAAUCAUUGCCUCCAAAUAUGAAAAAAAAAGUCUUAGACUGCAUAAGAACAAGUGCUGCUACUCCCCCUGCUCCUAUUUCUGAACAAAGAGCUAAUUCAAGAUACUUGCUAACAAAACAUUCUAGAUCAACAUUGAGUUUAAAAAGUGAUCAUCUUCAUGGAACAAAUUCAAUUUCUGAGACACCACAUAAUCAUAUUUCACCAAUCUCACCAAUAUUACCAAUGUCAACAAUGUCACCAAUGUCACGGAUGUCACCAUCCCCUGAUCAUGCACUGGUAUCACCAACUCAAGUUUCAACACCAACAACUUCAUCACCAUCACCAACACCUACACCUACACCUGUUCCUAGUACUAACGUUGAUUAUUUACCACUCCCUCCAGAUAUGUUUAUGCCAUCACUACUGCAGUCGCAUCAAUCGGUCACUCCUUAUCGUAAUUUUCAACCUAUAAUGGAUGCUCCGGUUCCUUCACCUUCUUAUCACAGCAAUAACAGAAGAAAGAAAACUAUUAUUUUAGCUGCUUCUGUGUCAGGAAUCAUAGUCUUAAUAGGAUUGUCACUUUGCUAUCGUGAGGCUAAAAGCAAUAAAGUUGAAAAAAAUGACGGGUCUUUGCUCAUAUUAACCUCCAAUGAUUAUGCCGGAGGUGCACCGAAGGUUAUCCGUUUGGGAAGUACUACUAAAGAAGAAUCUGAUAUCAACAAAGGAAAGAAUCCUGCAGAUGUUAGAAAUUUGUCCAUUAAAAUUGGAGAUAACAACACCACACUAGUUGAAACAACAUUAGAAGAUAUAGGACAAGUACCAAGUACUUCUUCUGGAAUACCGGCCCCUCCACCUCCUGGUCCGCCACCACCUCUUCCUCCUCAGCCGCCUGUUCUUGCUCCUCGUCCACCUGUUCUUGCUCCUCGUCCACCACCACCUCCAAGAGCAGGUAAUCCUCCGCCUGCUCCUCCCAAACCAAUGGCUGGUAGAAACCAAAUUACACCUCUUGGACCAUUAAAACAAGGAGGUUCUAAUGAGGGUGAUGCUUCAAAGCCUAAACUAAAGCCAUUUUUCUGGGAAAAGGUUAAUGCAAAACCUGAUCAAUCAAUGGUGUGGCAUGAGAUCAAUGCCGGGUCGUUCGUGUUCGAUGAAGAAAUGAUGGAGUCAUUAUUUGGUUGUACUACCAACCAAAACAAACAUGAACGUAAAAAAGAUUCACCUUCUGUAGAUACUUCAGUACAUUAUAUUCAGAUUAUUGACCCUAAGAAAGCACAGAAUUUAUCAAUUCUUUUACGUGCUCUGAAUGUGACAACAGCAGAAGUUAUUGAUGCACUUAAAGAAGGUAAUGAAAUUCCUGUGGAGCUCAUCCAAACGUUAUUAAAAAUGGCACCAACACAAGAAGAGGAACUAAAGCUUAGGUUAUUCUCUGGAGAACUAUCUCAAUUAGGACCAGCAGAGAGGUUUCUCAAAGUAUUAGUUGACAUUCCAUUUGCUUUCAAACGUCUUGAAUCUCUCAUGUUCAUGUUUAUUCUUCGAGAAGAGGUCUCAGGCAUUAAGGAUUCAUUUGCAACAUUAGAGGUUGCAUGCAACAAGUUAAGAAAAAGCAGACUAUUCUUAAAACUACUAGAAGCAGUUCUAAAAACCGGCAACCGAAUGAACGACGGCACCUACCGCGGUGGCGCGCAAGCAUUCCGUCUCGACACACUCUUAAAACUCUCCGACGUAAAAGGAACAGAUGGAAAAACAACACUACUACACUUCGUUGUUCAAGAAAUAAUUCGUUCCGAAGGAAUAAGAGCAGUAAGAACUGAAAGAGCAAGCAGAAGCAUUUCAAGCGUAGGAACAGAAGACAAUUUAGAUUAUGGAAAUGAAGAAUCAGAAGAACACUAUCGUAGUCUUGGACUUCAAGUAGUUUCAAGUUUAAACAAUGAACUUGCAGAUGUUAAAAAAGCAGCAUUAAUUGAUGGUGAUGCAUUGACUAACGCAGUUUUGAAACUCGGUCACUCGAUGGUUAAGACUCAGGAGUUUUUGAACACUGAUUUGAAGAAUUUUAAUGAAGAAGAAGAGAGUGAUGAGUUUCAAUGUUGUUUGGAGAAGUUUAUGGAAUAUGCUAAAGGAGAAGUGACUUGGCUUGUUGAAGAAGAAAAGAGGAUAAUGGUUUUGGUUAAGAGUACUGCUGAUUAUUUUCAUGGGAAUGCAGGGAAAGAUGAAGGAUUGAAAUUGUUUUUGAUUGUGAGUGAUUUUUUGAUUAUAUUGGAUAAGGUUUGUAAAGAGGUUAAGGAGGAUACAUUGAAGAGAAUGAAAGAUUCGUGUAAGAAAGAGGCGGGGAAAACGUCUUCCACGUCUUCGCCGGAUACACGUCAUCAUCAGCAGUCAUCUACUUCGUCGUCGUCGUCGUCGCCGCCGCCACCAUUGUCAGAUCUACAUAGGCGAUUGUUUCCGGCUAUUGCAGGGCGGAGAGUUGAUUAUUCUAGCUCUGACGAUGAGGAGGAUGAAGAGGAGGAGUUUUAGUUAUGUAUGGAAGUGGUUUUGGUAUGAAAAGAAGAAGUUAUCAGCAAAUCAUGCAUUAGUAAUUGAUAAUCAAUCAAAAAUAAAUGUAAAAUUAAGAAAAUAUAAAAAUAAACUCUUUUAGUAUUGUUUAAAUUUUUUGAUUGAUUAUACACAAUCCUAAGGUCUGAAUUGUAAUUGCGGUUGCAGUUAUUUUGUGUGCUGCUAAGCAAAGUUAAGGAAAAUAGAAGCUUAGCUUGAUGUUGUGGGCUAAUUAAAAUUGCUUCUGAUUUCUGAAGUUAAUAAGGAAGUGUACUAAUGUGUAUAUUAUCAUAACCUGUCAUAUGACACUGAUCAAUGUUAGUUAUAAAAUGUACCUACUGUGGUGUUC